CUCUCCCGUCUCGUGUCAAACAACGCGCCUUUCACGUUAGCUAGUUGCUCUCCUCAGUGAUGUUUCAUGUUUUUUAUGAAAUCUCGAACCCUGAAUGGAUUUCUGUAAUAUUGUAAUGUGUUCAGGUAAGGCUGGCUGUGUUGCUUUGUCCUGAGCACGAUGGCUAAUCAGAGAGUGCUCCCUCAGAGCAAAGAGUCUCUGCUGCAGAACUACAACAAGAGACUGAAGGACGACAUCAGGUCCAUCCUGGACAACUUCACAGAGAUCAUCAAAACAGCAAAGAUAGAGGAUGAGACGCAGGUGUCCCGAGCAACCCAAGCGGAGCAGGACCAUUAUGAGAUGCACGUCAGGGCUGCCAACAUAGUACGAGCGGGGGAGUCACUGAUGAAGCUGGUGUCCGAUCUGAAGCAGUUCCUGAUCCUGAACGACUUUCCCUCUGUGAACGAUGCCAUCAGCCUGCAGAACCAGCACCUGCGCUCGCUGCAGGAGGAGUGCGACAAGAAACUCACCUCGCUCCGUGACGAGAUCGCCAUCGACCUGUAUGAGCUAGAGGAAGAAUAUUACUCCUCCAGCUACAGUCAGUGGGACAGCACUGAUCUGCCGCUGUGUGAGGCGUACCGCCGGCAGGAGAGCUGGGCCUCCCCGGGCAGCAGCUGCAGCUCCACCCAGGGAGAGAGGGAGGACGUGGAGGCACCUCCGUCACAGGAGGCCAACCCACAGAACCACCUCAACGGACACGGGACGUCUUCUAUAGAGAAACCAUGAGGAGAAUUACGGACUCUGAACUCAUGUGGUCAACUUGUACUUUAGUGGUUUAGUUUAAUUUAGUUUCCAUACCACAUUUCGAAGUAAAGUUGGAUUAUGUCUGCCACAGUAAGGUGUUAUGGACUUCAAUUUUGGAUUGAACAGGUAUUACAGUACAGGUAUUACAGUGAAAUAAACAAGAAAAAUACCUGGGAAUAGUUUUUAGUCAAAGUGUAUCAGAAGUAAUAUUCCCCUCAGUUUCAAUUUGUUUUUGAAAUGAAUAUAUCUGCAUACUUUGGCUCAUUUUCUUUUUAUACAAUACUGAGCUAGACAAAAAAAUACAGACAACUUCAAGAACUGAGAGUGUACAUUUACAUCAUUUAAUAACCUUUUUUAUAUAGUGUUGACUUAGCUUAAGUAUUGAAUGUUCUUAUGUCAUGUUUUAUUUCUUUAAGCACUGGUCACAUUAAAGAACAACUUAACGCGU